GUCCUGGUUUAGACUUGGUUUAGUCCUGGUUUAGUCCUAGUUUAAACCUGGAUUAGAUAUGGUUUAGUUCAAGUUUAGACCUGGUUUAGAUCUGAUUUAGUCCUGGUUUAAACCUGGAUUAUACAUGGUUUAGUCCUGGUUUUAGAUCUGGAUUAUACAUGGUUUAGAUCUGUUUUAGUUCUCGUUUAAACCUGGAUUAGAUACUUUUUAGUCCUGGUUUAGAUCUGGUUUAAAUUUGGUUUGGUUCUGGUUUAGUCCUGGUUUAGAUUUGGUUUAGAUCUGGUUUAGAUCUCGUUUAAACCUGGAUUAGACAUGGUUUAUUCCUGGUUUAGACCUGUUUUAGAUGUGUUUUAGUCCUGGUUUUAGUCCUGGUUUAGUCCCUGGACUUGUCUCUGUUUCAGGACUCAGGAUGAGUCAGAACAGACUUCCCUCCAGCUCUGAGGUCGUCGGCUGGAGCCCCGAGAAACUCGCCGAAUUCCUCCGAAAGAGGAAUCUUCAGGGCUGUGACAGAGUCGUGCUUCUAAACCGCAUCACGGGAGAAAGAUUCGUGAAUUUGACCAUUAAUGACCUGGACAAAUUCCCCAAAACCUACAAUCCGUUGAUUUCCAAACUCAUCGCUGACAUCCAGAAACAGAAAAGUGGGAAGAGGCGUUUUUUCCCCUUUGGUCAGUCGAAAAACCCACUGCCAGUCCAAACUGAGGCGGACGACGGCGGCUGGGGCAGAGAAGAGUUUGACGAGUCAGAUGAAGGAGAUGAUUUAGACGAAGAUUACGAGGAGCCGGAGAACGACGAAGACGACGUGGGCGACUACGAAGACCCGAGCGACGACCCAGACCCCAACCAAGUCCAAUACCGGUACCAGGGCCCCACCCAGGACCCGGACCAGGACUCGGACUAUGAACCCCCGCCCUCGGAACCGGAAGAGUUCACCCACAAACUGCCGUGUGCCCCCCUAGGAGAUGGAGACUACAUCGACAGUCACAUGACCUCCAGAGGCCCGCCCCCUGUGCUGUGUCCCCGCCCCCCAGUGUCCGCCCCCCACAGGACCCCGAUGGAGACGAGAAGAGACGCCUCCCCUCGUCCACCCGGAGCCCCAAAACCUACAGGAAAACUCCCUGCUCAGCCUCCUCCCAUCAGCAGAGUGAAUAAACCCGGUCGAGAUCCUGGUUCGAGUCAGUCCCCAAACCGAGGCAUGCAAAGGAACACGGUGGAAAAGCCGCUGCCGCAGAGCUGGGGUCGGACCCCGGACCCUCCAGAGUCCCAGACCUGGACUAAACCGCCGAUCCUGCCCCCGACACAAACCUCUGUGAGCCGGAGCAACUCAGGAGCCAGAGUCCCUCCCCAGAGAUUUGAAGUUCGUCGAGAGCCACAGCCCGUCCCAAACGAAGAUCAUAAGAGAAACACUUUUCCCCUUCAAAAUAAGAGCGCACGACCUGGGCCUCCUCCAGUCCGACACACGGACAGUCUUCCUCCAGGACUCCCGUCGGCGCCCCUCAAACCUUUCUCAGGAGGACCUCCCGCUCCAGAGAGACCGUCUUUUCGAUCCCCACCCUCCUCCUCAAACCAGGACUUGGAUCCUCUGUGGUACGUGGGUAAAGUGACUCGGGCUGAAGCUGAGGCCACGCUCAAACAACUGGGGAAGGACGGGGCCUUCGUGAUCCGGGACAGCUCUCGUCAGUCCACGGUGCAGCCCUACACCCUCAUGGUCCAGUACCAGAACAAGGUCUACAACAUCCAGAUCCAGAACCAAGACCACAAGUACCUGCUGGGGACCGGCAUCAAAGUACAGGAGUCUUUCGCGUCGGUUCGGGGGAUUGUGGAACAUUUCUCUCAGUCUCCGCUGCUCCUCAUCGACUCGAAGAAUCGCAGCACCAGCCAACACAACCAGUGCCUGCUGUCUGCGCCCGCCGGACCCUACAUGGACGGGGUCUAGACCGGGCCUGGGUCUAGACCGGGACCCCUUAUACGGGCCGGGUCAAGACCAGGAGCAGGUCUGAGCACCGGGUCUGGACCGAAGACCACACAUGGACCGGGCGUGGAUUUAUAACACGACCAACACGACGCCGUCUUUGGUUCAUCUGUCAGAUCUGGCUGUACUUCCACGGGACCGGGUCUGAACCAGGACUCUGCCAAGUUGGACUAAGCUGAGUCUGGAUCUAGACCCGGACUCUGAUGGGUCUAAACUUGCUCAGAAGGACUUAUUUAGAUGAUUUUAGUAUGAAUUGUCUCCCCGCAGAUGUUAUUUUUUGGUCCUAAUGUCCAUAUUUUCUUAAAAGUACAAAACUUUACGUCUAAUUUACAUUAAACUUUUGUCCCGGUUAAAUCCGAGCUUUGGGAGCAUGAGUUCUGGAGACUAAACUGCAGCUCAUGCAAAGUGCUAAAGAAAAUGUCUAUUAUUUAUAAGAUUGUACUGGAGCUUUUACUGCUUUUACUGUCGCAUAUUUUCAUUAAAGUGCAUUUGACAGAG